AAGUCCCUGAGUUAUUGUAAGUUCUUGGCCAGAGCUAUAUGGGCGGAGAGUUGAUGGGAACCCAACAAAUAAAGACAGGAACUAGGCUAAAUGACAGAAGUCGAGAGAUAGAACAGAGGAAUGGAUACUGAAGAGAAGAAGUGCCCAGUUUGUCAGGACAAACUGCAAGACCCUAUACAGGUCCUCGAAUGUAAUCAUGAGUUCUGUCAGAGUUGUCUUCAGCAGGCAGUUCAGUUUAGGAAACAUUGCCCAGUGUGCAGGAAACCAGUGGAUGGUGAUCAGCUCACAGAAGUGCCCGCAGUGCCCAUACAAACAAGACGCUCAAGAGUGAGAUGUAGGCGUUCCAGAGAUCCUGUCAUUAGCCCCAUCAUAGCGUCUCCAUUCGGUCCUUCCCGUUUUGCUGACAUAUGGCGCCAGCAGAGUACUUCCUCAUUCCAGUUUGGAUCCUCAAACCCAAACUCUGCACUACUCUAUACCCCUCAUCUCCUCAGGCCACCACAACCACCAGUGUUUCCAUCUCUAGCAUCUACUGUAGGACCAUUUCCUGCAGGUCCGCCCCUUCUAAGACCAUUCCAGAAUUACACCAUUCCUCAGGUGGAUGUGUACAGUCACGGUGUUCUCUCUGCCUCCGAUGAUGAAAAUGAACAUGUGGACAAUCUGCUGUUUGAGCAAGCAUCGGCAGGGCAAAGAGGGCCACUGCUCAAUGACAGUGUGAGGGUAUUUGCUUGCCCUUAUUGCCAGCAGGGGGGGUUGGAUGAGCUGGAUCUGCGAGAUCACUGCAAUGCCCACCACCAAAAUAACCCCAUUGCUGUGGUGUGUCCCGUGUGCGCAGCACAACCACAUGGAGAUCAGAACUAUCGCAGUCGGAACUUCAUUGGACACCUGAAUCUGCGGCACAAUUACUACAGCGAAGAUGUCACUAACACCCAACAAAGUGAUGCCAUGAAUGUGCAAGCGGCCAUACUGCAGUCCUUAACCACAAUCCAUUCAACUAAAUUCUGAUGCUGCUCAAUGACCUACAAUACAAUAAGGGAGUGUAUAUUCCUUAAACCAGAAAUCUGUCUCUGGUUUUCAUCUUCUGUUCAUCUCAGUGCACUAACUAGAAUAUAUGCGUCAACUUAGAUUUCUUUCGAAAUGUUGACAAUUCUGCCCUCAGCAUGGAUAUACUACAUAAUAUAUAAACUGAUAUAAAAUAUAAGAUUUUACUUUUAUGUGAUUUAUAAUAUGUCAAGCACUGUCAACAGUCACAUUAAAAUCAAUACAACGCAGCUUAGCCAGAAAUAGAAAAACGUUUUCUGAAUACUGAGGUGUCAUGUAUAUAUAUAUAUUUUAUGUAUUCAGUCAAAUCUGUCCUCUGUCAUGAUCAUUAUCAUUAUACAUUACAGGCAUUAAAUAACUUCUGACUCAGGUUUUAACAGCAGCAUACGCAAUCUACCUUUUACCCUUCUCAACUCAUCAGAUCUUUUACUGUGUUAAUAUUGAUAUAUGUGUAAGUAUUGAUAAUACUUGUUUUCUUUAAAUUCAAAUAAAAUGUGUGGUCACUGUU